CGUCUGAAGUUGUAGCGGAAGAUCUGUGUGGUUGUGUGAACCAACCCGGCAACAGGAAGGCGACACGGCGAAUGGAAUAUGGAGUGUAUUCCAGUGACCAUUGAUGAUCUUGAGGGCAAAAAGGACCCAGUCAUAGAGGACCCAGAGCACAAUGUGUACACCCGGUUUAUGAAGUCCCACCGGUGUUAUGACCUCGUACCUACCAGCUCCAAACUGGUUGUGUUUGAUACAUCGCUUCAGGUCAAGAAGGCAUUUUUUGCUCUUGUUUCCAAUGGGGUAAGAGCAGCACCUCUGUGGGACAGCAAGAAGCAGUGCUUCGUUGGUAUGCUGACCAUCACAGACUUCAUUAACAUCCUACAUCGCUACUACAAAUCUCCACUGGUUCAGAUAUAUGAGUUGGAAGAACACAAAAUUGAAACAUGGAGAGAGCUGUACCUUCAAGACUCUUUUAAGCCCUUGGUUAGCAUAUCUCCCAACGCAAGUUUGUAUGACGCAGUCUCAUCUCUGCUGAAGAAUAAGAUCCACAGACUGCCUGUAAUUGACCCCCUGACAGGAAACACGCUCUAUAUUCUCACACACAAGAGGAUUCUCAAGUUCCUGAAGCUUUUUAUAGCAGAAAUGCCAAAACCCUCAUUCUUGAGACAAACCUUAGAGGACCUGAACAUCGGAACAUUCCGGAACAUAGCGGUGGUCCGUGCAGACACACCGCUGUACACAGCGCUGGGUAUUUUUGUAGAGCAGCGAGUGUCUGCGCUCCCCGUUGUGGAUGACAAAGGUCGAGUCGUGGAUAUAUACUCAAAAUUUGAUGUUAUAAACCUGGCCGCAGAGAAGACGUACAACAACUUGGAUGUGACAGUGACCAAAGCCUUGCAGCACCGCUCGCAGUACUUUGAAGGAGUGCUGACCUGCAACAGGCACGAGACCCUGGAAGCCAUCAUCAACAGACUGGUCGAGGCAGAGGUGCACAGGCUGGUGGUGGUGGAUGAGCAGGAAGUGGUGAAAGGAAUAGUCUCCCUUUCAGAUAUCCUCCAGGCACUAGUGCUGACUGAUGGAGAUGAGGGCACAGCUUGAAUAGGUAACUCAAAGAAGGAAAGACUUCACGGAGCAAAGGGAGAAAGAUCAGGCAUGUGAGAGGGGAAUUUCCACAAUGUAUUGAAGUAUCAUCACCCAUCUCCUGUAACCGGGCUUCCUAUAAUCACACAUGAAUAUGUCUGCCUCUCUGCAGAAACAUGAAGCUCUAGCAAUUCUGCAAUUUCACAUUGUAGUCGCACAAGAGACCUCUGAAGAGGAGCUGUUGACCAGGCAUCAUUCCCACCUCUGCUGUUUCUGAUCUACGCAGAGGAGGACCAUUAAUUGUGGCUUUGAUUAUAAAUGUAUUCCCGAUAAUAUUAAUGAUAUAAUCAGUUGUAAGUUAAACUGAUUUACCUGUAUUGCCAUUUGUUGGCAACAUUUUAUUUGUACAAUAAGGCUGAAAUGUAGCUUCACACAAAGCCUAUGAAAGGGUAAUUUUAAACCCUGUGUAACUUUGUCAGAUCAGCGUCUGGUGUGUAGGAUGUUCUGGCACGUUCUGACUUUUCUUUGUACGUGGAAGUAGUGUGGUGAUAUUCAGCUGAAAUGAUCUUGUUAAACAACUAGUUCGAUAAUUUAAAUGCAGGUAGAGGACUGAUUUGCGAAUCAUUUUUACCUUGAGCCCAUGCUGAUGGUUAUAUGUUACAGAGGUAUUUAUCUGUAUGUAUGUGUGGCAUAUACUGUACAUACAGUACAUGCAUACAACAACUGGCUUUGUGCUGCUUUGGUGUGAAAGUGCUAAAAUGAUUUUGGAUAAUUUAUCAUUCAAACACUAGACCUUAAAGACCUCGGAGCUGGCAAGUAGUCCACACUGGACAGUCAUAUUUAAAAAUGAUUUCACAGAUGUGACUGAAAAAGGCUUGGUCAUGGUCUAACAUUUUCAGCAAGUCAGGUUUCAGCUUCAGGACGUAUUGCUCCAAAACAAAACAAAAGCUCUGAAUAAAUUUUAACGAAUAUAAAAGAUUUAUGUAAAUUUGUCACCAGUUAAAUCAAGUUACCCCAGUUAGCAGUGUGUGAAGAAUUCAAGGGCUCAAGUUUUAAUCUGCCAUGUAGGAAACCUGAAAGAGCGCGUCAGGCUCUCGAGACGACCUCAUUGGUGAAGUCCAGAACAGCAUCGGUGAAUCUGCUGUUAGAGACGACCAUUAAUUGUGCUGUGUCCUGUUUGCUCUGAAUAUUUAUGGGUUUUAUGUUUUGCCAUAUUGUCUGUGUUGUCACGUAUAACCAAAUGUUUAAUGGAUUUUACUUUACUGACUCGUUUUCUGCCUGUUUUGUCUCUCACACUUGGCUUUGGCACUAUCAGCGUUAAAGGGAUUUGCUUAUUGCUCCAGUGCUGCAAGAUCUCAUCAGUUUUUGAAAAAGUGGUCCAUCCAAAAAAACUAAUGUUCAAGUUAAUGAUUUUUGUGGUAUUUUUUUUCUUUUCUGAUCUUUCUGGUGUGUUAUGUUGAUGUCAGUUACAGUUAGUGAUGACAUCUGACGUCUGAACAACGAGUCUAAUACGUUAAUUCAACUGUUACCUCUUCAUAGUGUUUCGGGGACUUUAUUAAAAUCACUCAAUACCAGCAUUUUUCUCUUCCAUUUCCAUAAUGGACCAGGAACAUGUCACUUCCUGUUUUGCUCUGUAUGAAAUUUCAUGUACAACUGUAUGUAAAUGCACAGUUUUUGUAGUAAUCUGCAUUGAGACUGAUUGAAAAGAUGAGCAAUAAAGGUUCUUUAAGAGUUUGUUUUAAA